AUGACUUCCAUGCCACAUAACACAAGCGAUAACUCGAGUAAUACCGAAGAACUCGCUGAAGGUUCUCGUAGUAUCUUGUUAUCAAUUGCGUCUCAGCUAACAAAAGGCAUGGAUUUGCACAAAGUAACUCUACCUACUUUUGUGCUUGAGCCAAGAAGUAUGCUUGAACGCAUUACCGAUUUUAUGGCUCAUCCAGAACUUAUCUUGCCCACAAGUAUUCCUGAAAUUGAAGACGAUACACAACGGUUUAUUGCUGUCGUCAAAUGGUUCUUGGCAGGUUGGCAUAUUAAACCUAAGGGUGUAAAAAAACCUUACAAUCCAGUGUUGGGCGAAUUCUUUCGUUGCAAAUAUCAAUAUGAAGAUGGAACCGAAGCGUAUUAUAUAGCAGAACAAGUUUCACACCAUCCUCCUUGUUCUGCUUAUUUCUAUACAUGUCCUCAACACAAGGUGGUUAUUACAGGUGACCUUCGUCCAAAGUCUCGGUUUUAUGGCAACAGCGUAGCUUCUUUGAUGCACGGCCAAAUCAACUUUAUCUUGCCUGGAAGACACAAUGAGCGAUACGAAGUAAAGAUGCCCAACAUGUAUGCUAGAGGUGUAUUGUUUGGUACAAUGACAUUAGAGCUUGGUGACGCUUCAUCAGUUAGAUGCGUCUCUAGUGAUUUGAUUUGCGAAAUGGAUUUCCAAACCAAGGGGUUCUUUUCUGGCCAAUGCAAUUCAGUUGUGGGUAAAAUCAAACGUGAGUCAACACAAGAAAUUCUUUAUGAGGUUUCUGGUCAAUGGUCAGGUGAAUUGUUUAUCAAGAAAUAUACAGCAGAGAAAAGUAGCAGUACGAUUGGUGGCUUACUGUCUCUUAGAAGCAGCACAAAUUCGCCCGAAAAAAAACCAGAUGUAUUGAACCAAGAAGAAAAAGAAUCACGACGCUUAUGGGCUGGUUUAACAGAGGGCAUUAUGGAGAAAAACAUGGAUAAAGCAACAGAUGAGAAGUUUAAAGUGGAAGACCGAGAGCGCGCAUUAAGAAAGGAAAGAGAGACAAACAAGAUCAAGUGGCAACCUCGAUUCUUUGAUGUAAUUGAUGGUGACAAUUAUAAAUUUAAGGCCAUGGACAAACUGGAUUAUGACCAUCUUGACCAAGUAACAACGACAAUGCAGGCAUUAUUUUAA